GAGGCGGUUCCGCCCGCCGAGCGGAUCACGACUCCGUACAUGACUCGGUUCGAGAGGGCGAGAGUGCUCGGCACGCGCGCGCUGCAGAUCAGCAUGAACGCGCCGGUGAUGGUGGAGCUGGAGGGGGAGACGGACCCGCUCAAGAUCGCGAUGAAGGAGCUCAACCAGCGAAAGGCGCCCAUCCCCUCCCGCUUCCCCGGCGGGUCGAGGAGCCUUCCAGGAGCCUUCCAGGAGCCGUCUCGGAGGGUGCCGAUCACUGUCCGCCGCUUCCUGCCCGACGGGUCGCACGAGGACUGGAACGUGGACGAGCUCAUCAUC